GCGAUGCCCUUUUCCUUCGAGCAGCUGUUUCACCGCUCUCCAGUUGUUCGGAAGAGGUGAAGGAGCGUUUGUAUCAUGAAGUAGUAUCGUGUGGACUACAGUGUUUUCCUAAUCAAUUGAAAAGGCUUCGUUCUAUACAGCUGAUAACGCCUCAAAUACCAGCAAGUCACUAUUUUUUGUAUUUAAGUUGUAGUCGUUGCAGAUCGUUACUACAGUGGCCGCGUAGGAACUUUUUGCACAAACUUGCAGCUUGUGCUCGUUUGAGUGUUAUGAAUUGUACAGGAUUUUAUCCAGUGUUUGGCUCCAGGUCUCUCUCUACUUCAGUCAUGCCUGUUGACUUUGCAAUGAGUCUGUGUCUAAGCUGCUCCCCUCCCAUUCGGAACUUUCUUCAGUCAUACGAAGAUCUGAGAGAAGUUGGCUUUUCCACACUUAAGCCAUUACGAUCGUGCUUGAACCAGAAGUCCACUGAUAUUACAGAUGCUGAGUGGGAUAGUGAACGGAGUCCAGUCAAGAAGAAGGUGGUGUUUGCUGAUUCCAAGGGGCUUGCUCUUACUGCUGUACGCUUCUUCUCAUCCAAAUCUGAUGAUGACUUGAGUGACUUCCCUUUGAGUUUGUGUGACUUGGGGCUCCCUAAACCCAAAUUGAAGGACCCCAAACUAGAGAGAAAAAAUUUUGUCUUGGACUUUUCUCAGCCUUCUGCAGAUUACAUGGAUUUCAGAAAACGCCUUCAGAGUGACCUUGUUUGUCUAGAGAACUGUGUUGUCCAGGAUAGAGUUCUCACUGGCACUGUGAAGGUUAUGAAUAUCUCUUUUGAGAAGCUUGUGCAGAUCAGAAUCACCUUUGACUCCUGGAAAUCGUACCUUGAUACAGACUGCUCCUAUAUGCAUAACACUUACGGUUCCUCUGAUGUGGAUACCUUCUCUUUUGAAGUCCGCAUCCCAGAGGCCUUGGAACCAACAGGAAAUGUGGAGUUCUGCAUCCGUUACAAGUGUGGCAAGGAACAUUGGGACAACAACCAUGGAAAGAACUACAGGAUUCUCUGCACAGAGAAGCAACCACCUAAAGUACAACCACCCAAGGGGGGACACAGCCUAAGUCCUGAAGCACCCAGCUACAUAAGCAAGAGCAGAAUACCGGGUGUAAAUGAGGAGAGGUUUGGGAGAUCACUUUCAUCUGGACUGUUUUCCAACUGGCCAAACUGGGGGGGCAAAGAACGCACUAGAAUAUAUUGGUGAUUGGACUCUAGAUCUUUGCAUGUCGUGGUCUUUGUAACCACAGUGACCAUUCUGAACACUUGUGUGGAACAUUUUUAAGCUGCAGCAAUACGAACUUGAAAAAUGCUGACAUUUGAAUUUCUCUAUAUAGAAGGCAUGGCAGUUGUCUUGACCAUUUCAGGGUGAUUUGAAGGGCAAGCUUUUAUACGAGUGUGAAGUAAUGUGUAGGAAAGACAAAGGCUGCAGUGUUGAGUGGGGAAAGCAGAAGUAUGUUGUACUGAUGUGGGGAAAGCAGAAGUAUGUUGUAUUGAUGUGGAGCAGAACUGUUCAUUAUAUGUGAAGCUAGUAAUGGGUGAGACUGGCAGACUUGCUGUUUUAAGAACGCAAAGUCUGGUCUGGUUGGGAAAGAGUAGCGAGUUGACAGACAAGGCUCUGGCUCUCAGCUGGGAUGUUUAGCAUCACAGUCCAGGAGACUUCUGCCUUGAAACUUGUCUGUGCUGUAACCGGGAGUGUGUAGUACCACACGAAGGAUUGAAGGUUUAGUAUGACUUCUGUUCGAGCUUUACUGGUGUUUAGAAGCCUCUUCCAAAGUUGGUUACCUGGAAGCCUGGUUAUGGUCUUUGUGCCUUAAAACUUGGGAGAAGCUGCAGCAGUUUACAGGUAGGGGAUAACCACCCAAGUGUCAGAACAUAGCUGGUUCUGACAUGACUACCUGCCGGUAAUUUAGAUGGGUGUUCAGCUUUCUUCAUGUUGAAGUCGUGUUUAGUCAGAAAAGCUUGUGUGUAAACAGCAGUCUGACACAAGGUGGAAUCGGAGGGUUAUAGCAAUAAAGGAAUCUCUUGAGGAUAGUGUAAAUCUGAUGUGAUUUAACAGAACUGCUUCGCUGACU